AUGAAUGAAAUUUAAUCGCCACGGAACAAACUGUUUGGUUAGAAUAGCUGAACAUUCUUAAUGCACAGAUCGAAACAAACUUUCUGCAAUGUUUCAUUUGUCACAACGAACUGUCUACGCCUCGGUUCAGAACGUGCUUCCGCUACCGAGAAGCAGAUGAUAAACAUUUUCAGACCUCUCUAGUCUCCGGCUAGGGCAGUUGAGUGUAACAAGACUGUGGGAGUGUUGUGCACGUUGGGAUAUUCAUCUCGAGACUAUUGUGUUGAUUUUGUUAAUGCGUUAUGAUCGAAUGCUUCAUUUUUAUUUUGGGACUGUAUCAAUAAUGAAUCACUCUUCAUUCAGAUAUGGAUUCUGUCUUCAAGCUAGAGCCGUUCGAAGACAAUUAUGAAGUGGGUGAAGAUCUCGGAAGUGGCCACUUUGCUGUGGUGCGAAAAUGCAUUCACCGGAAGACUCGGCAAGCCUUUGCUGCCAAAUUCAUCCGAAAACGGAGGGGAGGAGGGCGGAAAGGAGCAAAAAUGGAAGACAUAGUGAAAGAGAUCAAUGUGUUGCGGUGUAUGAACCACCCCAAUGUCAUCAGCCUCCAUGAGGUCUAUGACACCAAGCAGGAAGUCAUUCUUGUGCUGGAACUAGUGUCUGGUGGUGAGCUGUUUGACUACAUAUCUGAGAAGGAGGCUUUAAGUGAGGAGGAGGCCUCAGCUUUUAUCAAGCAAAUACUGGAGGGGCUUAAGCAUUUGCAUGACAACAGUAUUGUUCACUUAGAUCUUAAGCCAGAAAACAUUAUGCUGCUUGAUAGGACUUCUACAAAGAUCAAGCUCAUAGACUUCGGUUUGGCCCGCAAAAUCAAUGACAAAGACGAUGUACGUGCCAUGAUGGGCACGGCUGAAUUUAUAGCUCCUGAGGUUGUGAGCUUUGAACCCCUGUCUUUGGCCACAGACAUGUGGAGUGUGGGUGUUAUAACCUACAUCUUGCUUAGUGGCUCAUCACCUUUCCUUGGGGAAACCUUGCAAGAAACAUACCAUAACAUCACUGCUUUGAACUUUGACUUUGAUCAUGAUCUUUUUCAAAAUACAAGUGACCUUGCUAAAGAUUUUAUAAAGAGGCUUUUCAUAAAAAAUCCACGUAAGCGAGGAAGUGUGAACGACUGUCUGAAUCAUCCAUGGAUAAAGCCCAGUGAACCAAGGGAGGCUAUAGCCCGGCGUUCAGCAAUGAUCAACAUUGACAACUUCAAGUCUUUUAUGGCACGCAAACGAUGGAAGCAAUCAAUGCGUGUGGUGAGUCUGUGCAAUCGUCUCACUAAAAGUAUACAGCUGCGGAAGAGCACUGACACAUUGAGCAGCCGCAACACACUUAGCAGUCGAAACAACUUAGAUGAAGAGGACAAGGCUGAAAACUUUGUCAUGGCAGCACUCUUUUGUGCAUCAGAGGAAGGCAAUGUUGAUGGCCUAAAGGAGCUGUCAGAAAUGGCCAACAAUGUAGAUCUUAGCACAGCUAACAAGCAUGGUGAGACUGCUGUUCACAUGGCAGCAAGUGGGGGGCAUGUUGAUGUCCUUCGCUUCUUGCAGGAUAAGGGUGUUGACAUCGCUGUAAAAGACAAGCAAGGAGACUCUGCCAUUUACUGGGCAGCCAGGCAGGGUCAUCUAGAUGCUAUCAAAUGCCUGCAUGAAGCGGGCCUUUCUCUCGACUCUCAAAACAAAUCAGAGGAGACUGCGCUGCACGUGGCUGCUCGCUAUGGCCAUGCCCAAGUUGUGGACUUCCUCUGUUCAUCUGGUGCCAACAUCAACAUACUUGAUAGUCUUGGAGAAACACCACUCCACAGUGCAGCAUGGCAUGGCUACGUGUCAAUCGUGCAGACUCUCUGCUCUUAUGAUGCUGUGGUGGACAUACAGAACAAGGAAGGAGAAACACCUUUACAUUGUGCUGCUGUCCGAGGAAAUUUAGACUGUAUUAAGGUUCUCUUGGAGCAUGGAGCACCAGUCAACCGACUGGACAAGCGGGGUAGCACAGCAUUACACAUGGCCUGCCAGCGUCACCAUGCCAACAUAGCCCUUUUACUGUUGAGAGCCAGCUGUGAAUUGGACUUAAUUGAUAAGGAGACAGGGGAGAGUGCCCUGCAUAUAUCGGCUAAAGAAGGACUGCUGGAAGUUGUUCGGCUCAUGUGCACACUAGGCUGUAAAGUCGAUAUAGUCAGUUCUGAUGGUUUUACACCACUCCACCUGGCAGUGAAAGCUGGACAUAUUGAGAUUGCACGCUGUCUUCUCAUGGCUGGUGCUAAACCGGACAUCCCUAACAAGGAUGGGGUCACUGGGGAGAUCAUGGCUCUUGCACAGGGAUUUAUGGACAUUGCAGAACUAAUGAGCAAGGUCAAAGGGGAGAAAGGUCAGUUAUUUAUCCAGCAGCUCUCUCCAUCAAGCAACAGUCUUCCCCGCAUCAAGCUUAAGGUCCUCGGAUCUACUGGUGUUGGCAAAUCUUUAAUGAUUGAAUCUCUUAAGUGCGGCUUCUUGGGCAGCUUCUUCAGACGAAGACUACCAAACAGCACAGGCAGUUCCUUCAGGAGUAAAAAAUCACUGUCUCGGCAGUUCAGCCUGCCAACACCACUCAAUUAUCAGGUCGCAAACCCUACGUAUACCAAAGGACUUGAAAUACAGCAAGCCACUCUAACAGGUGCUGGCGACUUCAGCAUAUGGGAUUUUUCUGGAUACGAGCCCUACUAUAUGCUGUACGAUCACUUCUUGGGGGACACCCAUUGUGUACACCUGGUGACCUUCAGUCUGCAAGACUCCUCUGAUGAACAGCUUGCUCAGGUUAUUUUCUGGCUCAACUUCAUCAAAGCUCGUGUUGCACCUGCCUUGCCAAUUGGCUUCUGUGGCCGACUUCCCAAUACUCCACGAGUUAUUUUGGUGGCCACACAUGCUGACAAGGGUGGCUGCUCGCGCAACAGCCGGGGAGAGUAUGUCAGUCCUGAGGGUUAUGCUCUCCAUCAGAGGGUUCAGCAGAUGUUUCAGUAUGAUGUGGAGCUUAGUGACCGCCUUUACAUCAUUGAUGCACAGGUGGCAACAUCUGCAGACAUGAAGGCACUGAAACAGGAACUGAUGGUGGCCAGAAGGAAUGUUCUUGAUCACCUUCCCAAGUCAAAUGGUCUGCUGGAAGCCGCUGUAACCCAGCUUGCCGCUUGGCGACGUGAAGCACAUCUGUUCCCAGUGCUUACUUGGCCACAGUUCACUGAGUCCAUUCGAUCCAGGGUCAACCCUCUAGCUUCUGAUGAUCACAUCAAGGCUCUGGUCGAGCAACUGCAGCUGAUGGGAGAGGUGGUGUACUUGGAAAAUGAGUCUGGGACAGACUUAGUGGUGCUGUCCCCUCGGUGGCUGUGCGUGGACGUGAUUGGAACACUGCUGUCACAUGAAAAAAUAGUGCAAGCUCGCAUCACUGGCUGUUUCUCAGUUGACGAAUUUCAGAUCAUGUUUCCUGACACAGAUGCCAGCAGUUUGCUACAAGUUCUUGAAGCCUUGGAGGUCUGUACACAGUGUGAAGUGGAAGGGGAUGUAGAAUUUGAAUUUCCUUGCCUCAAUUUUAUCGAGACUUUGUCAGGGUUGUGGCAGAGAGAUGAUGAGCGAUACAUUGAUGCUGUGUAUGGAGGUGUACGACUUCACACCAGUUUCCAGUCAGGAGCUCAGCUCAAGUACCUUUUUCCUCGAAUCCAGGUUUUCUUGCGUCGAAACAUGCUGGGAGAGAGUGAAGAUCAGGAAGUGGACUUGUACCAGUGGCACCAUGGCUCCAAGUACUGCUGCGGAGCUUUGGAGGGCAUCAUAGACAUGGAUAACCAUGAGCAGUACAUAGAGAUCAAAGUCCGUGGCCCUCCAGCAUCCCGCUAUUCUCUAUUCUUUUUUCUGGAAGAUUUUGUUAAUGUAGUAGAAGAGGUGAUUGAAAGUGUAUGCCAAGGACUGUGUACUGAACGCUACUCGCUGUCACCAUCCCAGCUUCGGCAACAUGGGAAGAUUGUACGCAGUUACUCCCCUACAGAACUUCUUCGUAUGCAGCUCGAGAACCGGUCUUCAGUGGUGCUGAGUGGAACAACAUAUGAAGACUUUCUUGACAUUGCCUGCAUGGGCUCCGAGGAGGUCCUAAACCAUAUAACACUAGGUAUGGACUUGGACAUCACUCAUCUAACAAUCCACACGCAGCGCCUUUUGUCCCUCUUACUCGACCCCCCAGAUCCAAUGGGGAGGGAUUGGUGUCUACUUGCUGUAACUCUUGGAUUGUCAGAUUUCCUCCCAGCACUUGAUGGCCAGGAGACGCAGCAAGUGUCGCAGACUCAGCGAGUGUUGGCUGAAUGGGCUCGUCGCACCAGCACACAAGUGCGGAACCUGGUUGCCCAUCUCAAAGACUUCAAUCGCAUCGAUGCUGUAGAAGCUAUCUUACGGACUACUGCUCCCUUUCACACCUUAACGUACGAGGAUCAGAGCACAGAUGAGAGUGCAGGGGCCCAUGGCACCGAUGCUUCCACUAACACUCUCUCCAACUUGUCGAGAUGACAGCAGGCGCAUCUGUCUUUCUGACUGCGCUAACAGUGUUCUAACAAUGGUCAUGCCACAUUUGUCUCCCUGUGUGCCCCUGCUCAUGUGUGUGUCUCUUCAGUUUCAGUGAUAGACCUUGUGGAAAGUUGCAUGUUUGCCAUAUUGGUGCAAGGCUUUGUGGCUUUUAGAGCAGAGCAUAUAAAAGCCUGUAAUUCAGUUGAUCCAGUGACCAUCUUCAGCAUUUUUAACAGUGAAACCACAUUCCUUUAAUAAUUUACCAGUUCAGAGACAGCAGGUCUGCAUUCUGGAUGUAAAGUUAUUGACUCAUCUUGUGGGAAUUAACUCAUGAAUUUUGUGAUAUGUUUAUGGUGUAUUUCCAAUAUAACCUUCCUGUUCAUUCCUCAGAUGUUGAAUAAUCCUGCAGUUAAGAAAGUGAGCUGAUGACACAUCUCAACAUAAGAUGUCAAAGCACAUCUGGGUUGUUGCUGAAGCAAUACCUUUCUUUGCUUUUCCAAUGCAAACAACAUUCCUGAUGUGAAAGACUUACUUGUGAGCUUUAUGAGACUGAAGUGAAUGAAGCGCUGCUUGACCCUUGAUUCUGCAUGCGUAGUGAGUGGUUGUUGCUAUGUGACUGGCUUGAUGGAUGACAACAAUUUGACCAGCUAUUAUCUGUGUUUACUUAGCCUGCAUCUUGUGGACAAGAGGAUAAGCAUGGACUGAGCAGUGUGCAAUGAAAUAACUUGGUCGCAUCACUCUGUGAUUUAACAGCAACAGUGUGUGAUGUCUUCAAGCAGAAUAUGUAUUAUAAUACUUUUGGAGCUUUUUUGCAAAAAAAUGUUUGAGAAGAGAGAAUUUCUUUGAAAGGACAUGAUAAAUCCCAUUUUAUAAAAUCUGUUUGUGAAAGGUUGUCUGAGAUGAUUUUUUGCUUUCAUUCCAUUGAGUUGAGUUUAACAUUCAACAUGAAUUUAGCAUGAUACAAAAAAUGUUAAUGCUGGAUGUGUUGGGGAGUUCUUCUUUUGUAAACAUUUGCACCUAGAUUGAGCACUGUCUUUUGUUCGCAGGGAAGAAUUCAGCAUGGAUUGGCAACGUAUUUACUUCAAGAAGUGGGGCAAAGAAGAUGGUGGGAUAUUAAUUGGUAAAAUGACCUCCUGGUACACAGUGUUCAACAGCAUGACUUUGUUGAAAUUAGAAAAGACCCACAAGCUCAGACUUCUUUGUGGCAUCAAUGACUGCUAUUCAUAUUUUCCUGGCUUUGCUAAAGCUGAUAUUUGUUAGUUUGUUCAGCUCCGUCAUUUUGGGGGAAGAGAUGUCCCUUUUCACUUUUGGCCAACUGAGACAUUCUACAAUCGCUCUUCAGGAUUUGGAUGUGACUGAGUGUGCAAAUUUUUGAUAAGUGGAAAUCAGUUUUGAUUGUUGUUUAUAAUUCUGGUGUGGAAUAUUUUGAGUAGGUUGGAGUUUGUUGUGAACAAUGGCAGGUCUUGUACCACCCUUCCAGUUUUGCGUGCCUUGUACUCUUGUUUUCCAAGCUGUACCUGCUUGUGAAGACAAGAGGCUUCUCGCACAUGCUUUUCACUGACAGACAAGGAACAUUACAUUAUGAGCUCAAAAUAAGGAGUUGGGGGAGGGGGAAAUGGAAGUGUUGAAUUUUCAGAUGACAUUUUAUUCUCCUGGAAUUAUUGUUUAAAAACAAUUAGCCAACAUGGUCUGGCUUGUCACUAUCAGUGGUCUGUGUCCAGAGAUUUUUGUAACAAGAAUCUUUGCCUGAGUGGUUUGCUGAUUUUUAGUUUGUUUUGUGGAGGGGAGGACUGUUCUGUUAAUCACUACCUCUGCAUAUGUAUAUGAAUAUCAAAUGUGUAAAUAUGUCCAGUGUACAGAAAAUAUUGAUGUGAAAUAAUAUUGGUUUUGUCUGCUUUAUAACUUCGUCAUUUCUGUUAUGACUUGCACUUGUUGCAAGUACAACAGCUACUGCCAUUUUCAUCAAUGCAUAUUUUGACACCAUCAGAAGGAUAUGGAAGUGUCCACUGUAGAGAAAGAUGAUUUACAAAAUGAAUCUUUUACCUGUGCAUAAUUCUUUACUACCACUAGCAUUAUUUUAUCUGUAUUUGACAACUGAGUCAUCAUUGAGAAACUCCUUGUAAAAGUUUUCUCUGUACCUCAGUUAUUUUCUGCAUAACGUCUAUGCCUUUCCUAGAAAACUUCUUUAAAAUUGAAAAUUUCAUUAAAAGUGACUUUGUUCAAGUCCACCACCUCACCUAUUUGACCUCUGCUUCCUAAAUUUCAUUUGCAGUAUGGAAAUAGUUUGAUUUAAGCAUGAUAUGGUCUACAAUUUAAAGUUCUUUCAAGGAGCGUUUUACUGCAGUGGAAGCAGAAUUUUUUAAGCAUUGUUGGACGAUUGUUUAUGAAACAAAAGAGCAGGAUGCCUCAAAAUGCAGAAAGUCUUCAAACAAGCAUAUUUGCUUAUGUCCAAAUAAAUGACGAGGUUAGGUCUAACUAUAGAUGUAAUCAGUUUCAAGUAAAAAUAUUGUGCUGAAAAAAGUCAAGGCAUAAAGCAAAAAGUCAGUCCAAAAUUGCCGACCCAAAAGAAGAAAAGGUCACAAAACAACUAAUUUUCUUGCAUUGCAAAGUUUUUUUAAUAAAAGAAUCCUGCUCUUUGUUCUCAAAUAUUAUUUACAUUGUGGGUGAUGAUUAAUACUUUCCUUGUCUUUCAUGACUUCAAGAAUGCAUCACCUUGUUUCUAUAGUUCACAGCAUUUGUCACCUGUACGGUCCACUUCACAAUUGUCACCUUCCUUAUAAAUCAGCAGUAAAAGUUUUGCAGAACAUAUUGUUUAUGUAAUGGCAGAGACAUAAAGUGUCUUUCGUAGUUAUAGCUGUCUAAAACGUAUUUUUUCAUGUGCUUCAACUAUGAUCUUCCAUCAUCUUCACUCUCUGUAGUGCUAGUUAAUUAUCCAAGCAUCCAAACUCACCAGAAAAACUGCAUUUAUUGCUAGAGAUUAGAGUAAACGUAAGUAUCCUCUUGCAAAGCAAGUGGUCUGUCCUGACUUCUAGGAAUCUUUAAUUUCAGCAAAUGGAUGUCUGAUGCUGCUUUUGGCCACUUGAAAAAACUUCCUGCUGUUCGUGUUUUCUGAUAGCAUAGUUUGGUGAAAACUAUGUAUGCAUCUGCACAUUUAGAUGCAAUAAUUCCUUUUAUAACACAUACCAAGAUGGAAAUGAGACUUAACAAAUGAAAACAAAUCAAGGUUUUUGUUCAUUUCAGCAAAAAUGCCUGCAACGGCUUACAAUUUUCAGAAACAGUAACCUUUUUUCUCAUUAUUGCCUUCAUGGACAGGGAUUUAAAAUCUUUUGUCUUAGUAAGGCUUUGAUCAUCUUCAACACUUUUGUUUUAGGAGUGUUCCCGGUCUUUUGUGUAGUGUGGAUAUUUAGCUUUUCUACAUUGUGUACAUUGUAUUAUCUGCAGCUAAUCUAAUUGUGUAGAGGUCAGCUUUAUGUAGUGCUGCAACCUAUGUACAGAAAACUGCUUAAACAUUACAAUUUGUGGUUCACAUUAGUGAAAACGCAUCAUGGUUCCAUCAAAUUUCUCUGGUAUCAGAUAGUCUGCAGACCAUGAGACCCUUUACUUUUGUGAUAAUCUAUUAACACUCUUUCUACAGAGUUGAGGACCUAAAAUUUAUACAUUUUUCAAUUUGCUGUUCUCAAAUUUUGGAUACCUAAACAUAGUUAUGCUGAUAUAUGAGUGUAAAAGGCUUUUAAAAUACCAGGUUUGUCAUCCUCUUUGAGACAGUCUUUUAUUUAAAACUGUCAUGUGGAAACUUUUGGAAGUUGGAUAAGUAAAAGGAUGGAUGGUCUGAAAACAAACAUUCAGGAGCAGUGGCUACUUGAAGCAGUUUUAGGGAAACAGCAGACGGGCUUUUUCUUUUACUGCUGAUAUUUGGGCAUUUAUUUGGUGACAAAUUUUCAUUUUCUGUGGACAGUAUGCUUUCAGUCUUCCACAAGAUUAGUUUUCUUGCACCUAGAGAGCGUAUGUACAUAUGCAUGCAUGUGCGUGUGUGUGUUUCGUCUGUUGUGUUCUUGGGCACAGUUAACUUCCUUGCAAAAUCUCAGUAGGCCAGUCGUAUUGGAGAUGGAUGUUUCACACCAAAAGCCAUUGCAGGGUUAUCACAAUACUGAACCAUAUUGCAAUCUUUCUCAAGCCAGUGUUCAAUUCUGGUCCAGAUUUUGUACUUUAUGAACAAAUCACAGUCUACUAUAACCUGAAAGGUCAGUUGUAUUCAGUCAUUAGGGAAAUGCCAGCUCAAGCUUCUGUAUUAUGUCAGUAGGCAAAGCUUACCAGCUUUAAGAUGCAAAUUCUGCAGAAGAAAUUUCUUACCAAAAAUGUCAGAGCCUGUUACUGAAACAAAGUAGCAGUGAAGCAAACAUGCAUAUUAGCUAAUAAGAUGUUUGAACUUUGCGAACUUUGCACUUUGUGUUCUUGUUUUAUUUGGAUACACACACAGAAAAUAGUUUCUAUUACUGGAGAAAUUCAGUUUUCAUACCAAGUCCCACAUUACAGUGUAUAAUUUUUCACAUUAGCAGUAAACAUGCAACUUGUGACUAAAUCAGAAUUCAAUACAGUGUUUGUAGAACUAUAGAUGUAUAGAUUGCUUUAGAAGUUAAUGAUUCACAUGUUGUCAAUCAGCAUUUACUGUGACCAGAAGAAUGAUGAUGCCAUCUGCUGUGCUGUUAGUGCUACUUCAUGGCUGCAUUAAUUAAGCAUGCACAUAUUGUAUUUUGACAGCAGAGCUGUGGAUGACUAUGAAUUAAAAUUAUUUACAAGCAGUUUAAAAUAGGAAUGACUUGUUUUCACUUAUACACCUAUGAACAAAGAUCCAAAGCAGCUGUGUAUUGUAAUUUUAGUGCAAGUUCAGGAAAACAUCCCAUUGAGAGAUAAACUAUAAAGAAAUCUUAGCUAUGUAAUCCAUAUCUCAGCUAUCGCUGUCAGGAUACUACCAUGGAUUUUUUUUUCAAAGACUAAGCGGGUCUGUGAGAGUAUUACUACUAGUCUCACGUGAGCUUUGGGGGAUUUGGUUUCCUUAUCAACGUAUUAAAAGUUCUUAGCAACAUAGUCAAGGCUUAGUGCAUUGGUGUCUGCAGCCGACUUCUUAUGUGCAUUAUCUGCCUGGGUGUAAGGUUUUUCUAUAUACGAACACAUAAGGCUGAGAUAAAGAAUGGUGGAUGAGGUUCUUCUGUUACUUUUUUUUUUUUUUUUUACCAAAAGUGGCAUCAGGACUGGUUCAGAGCUUUAGUCUGGCAUUUUCAACUGCGUGCCUUGUGUUCUUGCUUGCCUGAUGCGCCCCUUUCCCUCCUCACCCACCAUUCAUAUCAUCUUGCUUUGAGAACACUUCACUUCCGUGCCAUUGAUGUUCUUUUACUUAUAAAACAUUCAUUUAUUGUUAAUAUUAUAUACCAAAUGGUCAAAUAAUGGAACACUGUCAGAAUGUGGAUGCUGGCAGAAAAGAUUGAAGUAUGUGUGGACAUGUUUUGGAGUGUCUCCUUAAAUUAUUAUUAUAAGUGUGCAUAGCAUGUUUUAUUAGAGGGUCAUUGCAAUUCUUGGUUUAAUUUUCAGGUAACUUUUGAAAUGUACAUCUGUGGUAGAUCUGUUUUAGACGUAAGAUGGAUGUUGGCAUCGCAGAUUUUGGUGCUUCUACCUGCAUACUUCUGUACUUUAUCUGCUACGAAAAUCUGUGUUUACAGAAGCACUUGUACAUGUAUAUAUCAACAAAAACUUGUGCAGGUGCACACGUGAUCAUGCUGCUGAAGUGGCAAACAGGCUCAACUUCGGCACUCGUACUUGGCCAAAAGACAGACUGGUGGGCCACUUUAAUAUCUUGGUUGUGUUUAACCAAGAUAAAAAGGCUGGCCCAUUUUAUCCCCUUAAUGUUAGCAUCAUUUUAAAAUAACUUCUGUACCAAGUGAUUGCUAUAUCAGCAGUUCAUUGUGAAACAGUGCUGCUUUUAAGCAUUCACAGCUGUGCUUGACAAAGUGAUCUAUAAAUCAGAAUCAAGCACCAGCAAGCAAUGGCUGCAAGACUGGUGCUUUUAUGCUGAAUGACUAUUCAUCGGUGUUUUUUGCAGAUUACAGCUAGUGAUCUGCCCACUGUCCAUACUUUCAAGAGAUUUAUCAAAUUGGUGGUAAUUUUCUGUCUUAACAGUAGUAGUAACAGUUGUGUGCAUGCAUGCUUGUGUGAAUGGAUGGUGGUUGAACGUACAUGAAUAUUCAAGUGUGGGUCUGUGAAUGUACAUUUGUAUUGUCUGCUAAUAAUUGUAGAUUUGUUGGUAUAUUUCGAUCAAUUUCCAACGAACUUUUCAAUUCUCAUAUUGAAUUAUUUUUUUUACAAUUUUGAAGCAGUUAUAGAAUGCGUCAUCUAAAAGUCGAAAGAAAAAAUCCUGCAGAAAGCUCUGAUCUUUGUGAGAAUAUAUAUAUAUGACCAUAUUAGAGAUUUCAGUGUGCACAACAUCCAAUAUUAAUAUCCUAUUGGUAACACACAUCUUUCACAAAAUCCACUUUCUGUUCAUGACAGCUUUGAUUUGACAGUGUAAAGUGUUUUUUAUACAUGUACAUGGAUGUGAAAAGGAAAGAUCAUCAAACCAUUUUUCAGUUCAGUCCAUUCCUUUUACAAACUUUUACAUGCCAGUGUUUUCUUGUGUAUUCUGCUGCCAGGUGCUUUGUACUAUCCAGCUAUUGAACACUUUGGAUGGUAUGCACUUUGAAUUGUGAGCAUCUUUGGUAUUAUUCCAGCUGAAAUUUUAAGCAUCACAGUGGACCAUACGUUUGUGCAUUUACCCUUUUUUCUUUAUGAAUUUAAUGCAUUUUUGCAUGGCACUUUCUUUGUAGCAAUUUUUUUUUUUUUGAUGGGGAGGAAGUGAGUGUCUUUAUGACCUACAUGACAAGAAAAGCUGUUAUUUACAAUACACACACACACACUGUCUUUAAAUGAUAUGCUUUAUUGGCUGGAAAUUUAUGCCAGUGGCAGCAGGUUAGAUUAUUGAAUGUAAUAUACAACUCUGCGGAUGUUGUACAGGAUCUUAAAGAUGGUGUGCCUAUCGGUUUGUCUUUUGUUACUAACAAGCCAUUUGUGUGUAGGGCAGAGUUGUACAGAAAGAAAAAAAAACUGCUUUUACAGAAAGGAACAAAUUGAGAUCAUUGUAGGCAGAUUGUAGAAGUAAUGGAGGUGAUGAUGUCUGGAUCAUGAAACUUUUCUGUAAAAGUUAAUGAUGUUUGGUAUUUUAUGAAGGCGACUGGCAUGUCAACAAUUUACAGUUGUUUUGACUGAUGUUUAUGCAUCCCAAGAAAGGCGCAGCCUGUUGUUCCGGUGCUGCUUUUAGAGACUUGUUUCCUCUCAUUGAACAAAUGCCAAAAUGCGGCACACUUCAUGCACGUUCUUGAAAGAAAUCUCCUUUGUGUUUGCAUAAGACUGGUAUUUCUUUUCAGAAUGCUUUUAUUUAUUCAUUAAAAAUACCACUUUCCUGCAAAACUU